GAGAGUGGUAAUGAAGCACUGAGUUGUGUGAAUUGGUGUGUGUAGUGCAUGUGUGUGCAGGGCACGCACUGCUCACACUAAAGGUUAAUUAGGCCAGUAAGUAGAGCCUUAUGGCAAGAAUCUGAUCCACCGACAGGUAACCUUAUAGUCAGACAUCGUCUGUGUCAUCAGCCCUUAUAUAAGUCCACGCUCACUGGGAAACACACAUUGAGAAGAGCUGUGCUUUGAACCAGCAGGGGAGUGACUGCACAUCGGAUGAAUAUGUCUCUCACUGAUAUCCUCUCUGCUGAAGCCAUUGAGAAUGCCAUUAAGGACUGUGAAGCCCCAGACUCCUUCAGUUACAAGAAAUUUUUCCAGGUGAUUGGCCUGACUAAGAAAAGUCCAGAGGAAGUCAGGGAAGUGUUCCGCCUCUUAGAUGACAACAACAGCGGGUUUAUUGAGGAGUCAGAGCUCAAGUUCUUCUUACGGCGGUUUGUCCCAGGGGCACGGACUCUGACCGAGAAUGAAACCAAAAACUUUAUGUCAGGUUCUGAUGGUAACAGCGAUGGAAAAAUUGGAGUAGAUGAAUUCCAGAGCAUGGUCCUAUCUUAAAAGAAUGGCGGAUUCCCAGUCCAUUACCAGCAGCCGUGUGUCCUGUGGUUUCAUCUGUCACACUGCUUUUUACAUUUCCAAAUAUUUAUCAAAGACCAUCACGCACUCCCUCGUUUUAAUUUGUCUUGUUUGAUGGUUGAAUGUCUGUCAUUGCCCUCAUGCUCGUCCCACAUGACCAAGGACAAAACUGUUCAGGGAAACAA